AUGCCUCACAACUCAUCCUCGUCCUCGUUUCUCGGUCGACUGUCGGCCCGAUCGAGUUUCAUCUCACCGAAAGAAGUUAAAGUAACCGUACAACUUCUGAACGAUGCCGACACAGUGUCCAAUGAGUUUAAGAGAUCCCAACCUGCACAAUCGAUCUUGGACUACAUUUGUGAGUUGAAAAACAUUCGCGAGAAGGAUUACCUUGGACUUCGUUAUCAAGACCAUAACAAACAUCGUUAUUGGGUCGACUUGUCAAGGCCGAUCUCUCAUAUUGCAAAACAAUUCAAGACCGAUUCGCUUGCUCUCCGUCUGCGUUUUCGAUAUUACCCGGCUGAGCCGUCACAUCUGAGGGAAGAUGUCAGCAGGUACCAACUGUUCAUGCAGUUGCAACGUGAUUUGCUGCAUGGCCGCCUCUACUGUCCCCAAAACCAGUCAGCUGAACUUGCAGCACUCAUUUUACAAACUCAGUUAGGCGACUAUAAUGAAACAGUUCAUUGCGGUGAUUACGUCUCACAGUACAAACUUCUGCUCAAGCAAACACCACGAUUAGAGGAGAAGAUUGCAGAGAUUCACAAAUCACUACGUGGGAAAUCGACGUCAGCAGCUGAGCUAGAAUUCCUCGAGAAGGCCAGCCGACUCGACACGUAUGGGUUUGACCCAUAUACUGUGAAGGAUCCCAAGGAUCCUUCACAUGCCGUUUACCUUGGUGUAUCGCACAAAGGCAUCUUGAUUUAUCACGCAAAUCAAAAAGUCCAUCACAUUCCAUGGUCGUACCUAUCGAAGGUGGACUAUGUUGGAAAAGAAGUGUACAUCUAUCCAAUGGAAUCAUAUGUUCCACCUGCCUGCAAUGGUUGCAUUGAUGAUGCCGCAAACCACAAGACGAAGGACCGCAAAUCUCGACUUGUUCUAAAGUACCAAUGCCCAUCUGGAACGUUCGCGAAACAUCUCUGGAAUCACAUUCUGAGUCAACAGGCAUUCUUCAACGAGCAGAGUGCCCUAAUGAUCAAGCCGAAAUUUUCUAAACCACGAAUUCCGCUACUGUCGCGUGGUUCAACGUUCCGUUACCCGUCACGUCGAGUUCUUCGUGAGAUCGAAAGCACAGACAUCGCGUCAGACAGUGAACUUACCGCAAAUGGGUCAGUGCAUGUCGCUAAUGCACCUUCAUCGCCAGCUUUUGUGCGAUUUGAACUUCCUCGUCAAGAACCGCGGGGAGAACAACCGUGGCUAAAUAAAUACCAAACUAUGCCGAACAUGAAGAUCAAUCAUAACAACAAUGAGGUCAAGGUGGAAGAGAAACCUGUUGAGGAAUUUGCAGCGGUAACAACAACGUCUGCGCUCAACUCCUCUCCAGUCGAUCUAAGUUCGUAUCCAUCAAGUACCCAAGCUGUUCCGACCACAUCCUCAGUACCUGAUGAAGUUCCAAGCGACCAAAUGUCUACAACCGCAGCAAAAACGCAGGAUAAUAGGAAGAACCGGAAUGAGAACGUCACUUCGUUCACCGUUCGUUUGGUCAAGUACGAGCGCAGCCCAACGGCUUCGCCCGAGCCAGAAGAGUCUCUUGAAUCAAGCAGGAAUGGAGACAAACAUGACGUUCCACCCACAGCAAGCUCUCAUUUAUCCAGCGCUGAAGAAAGACAACCGAUCAAUGGAACGGCACCGAGUAUUUCCAAAAAUGGCUCGCUACAACAAACGGACGAUGUAACACAUCGCUCUAUCGUUGCACGAUGCGCGAACAUAUUUUUCUCCACGUUUCUGAUAUCUUUAUUGCUAUUGACAUUAUCAAUAGCUGUUUUUGAGCGUAAAGAAGCAUCAGAUUGGAUCGAAAGUAAACCGUGGUUGUCACAUGUUCGGCACUCGUACUACGAGCCAACCCGACAAAUCGUACUGGACAAGUAUCAGAAAUACUUUGUUCGUUAA